CAGUGUAUAUCUGACGCCCAAAUUAGAGUCCCCGCAGUUUCGCCUUGGCAACAAGCGACGAACCAAGAGCUGCGAAAAUGGGGUUGCUUUUGGAGAACACGUACAUCGCCGAUGUGGUCGUUUUGGUGCUGACGGCAGUCUAUCUUCUAUACUGGUAUGGCACAUCCACUUUCGACUAUUGGAAGAAGAAAGGGGUACCCGAAAUCAAGAAGAAGGUACCCUUUUUCGGUUCAGAUAUGGACGCGGUGCUGCUCAGGAAACAGAUGAGUUUCGUCAUUCAGGAUCUAUAUAAUGAAUUAGAUGGGCAUAAAUACGGCGGAAUGUUUUCUAUGAGAAGACCAACGUUGUUGGUGCGCGACCCUGAACUUAUCAAGCAAAUCAUGGUCAAGGACUUUUCGAGCUUCACAGACAACGGGCAGAUUACCAGCGAAAAGAACGAUCCAAUGUUUGCUUACAACAUUUUUGCAAUGAAGGGAGAUAAGUGGAAGUACGCCCGCUCGAAAAUGGCUCCUGCUUUCGCCACUGGAAAAAUCCGCAGCACUUUUCCCUUAAUUCUGGAAAUUUGCGAGGACCUGAAGAGACAUAUUAACAAGAAAAUCGAAUCUAACAGUAACUGUUAUGAAUUUGAAGCUCACGAUUUCACGAAAAACUACACUACAGACGUUGUAGGCAGUUGCGCUUUCGGGAUCAAAUGCAACUCAUUGUCAGAACCAAACAACCAGUUCCGCGAAAUGGGAAAAGAAAUAUUAUCUCCAGCCUCUUUUAGGCGGCAAGUCGAGAUUUCUGUGCUCUUUGCCUUUCCAAAAAUUGCUGAGCUCAUUGGAAUUAAAUUCAUCGCCAAAUACACCGAAGACUUUUUCAGAGAUUUAAUUUUGAAGGCAUUUGCCUAUCGCGAGAAGCACCCUGAAUUCAAGAGGAACGAUUUCAUCAAUUUGCUUAUGCAGCUCAAAAAGCUCGGUGAAGUGGAAUUAGACGAGCACGAUAAGAAGGAGAUAAACAUUAGCGCUGUUGCCAAUGAAAAAGGAAAGAUAGAAUUUACUGAUACCGUGCUAACUGCACAAGCCGUUGGAUUUUUUAUCGAUGGUUUCGAAACUUCGUCAUUGGCACUAGCGUUCACCUUGCACGAGUUAGCCAUGAAUCCCUCCAUCCAGGAUAAGUUGCGAGAGGAAUUGAAUAAUAGCUUUGAAUCAAACGGUGGCAAAAUUGACUACGAAAAUAUCAGGGGAUGUUCAUAUUUGGACAACAUUUUACACGAAACCCUGAGAAUGUACUCUCCUGCUGGAGCUCUAGCACGCGAGUGCACAAAACGCUACACCAUCCCGGACUCCAACGUGCAGCUAGAAGUUGGCGACCUGAUCACCAUUCCAGUUUACGGCUUGCACCACGACCCCAAAUAUUUCCCGAACCCGGAAGUCUUCGAUCCAGACCGAUUUACUGAGGAGGCGAAAAAGACGCGACCGGCUUUUGCGUACCUUCCCUUCGGCGAAGGUCCUAGGCAGUGCAUUGGUUUCCGGUUCGCUCAGGCGCAAGUUAAAGCUGCCAUCGCCACGAUUGUACUUAACUUCAGACUGGAGCAAUCCGAGAAAACUGAACACCCUGUCGUGUUUAAUGAGAAGAAUUUCUUACUGCAUGCGAAAAACGGCCUCCAUCUGAAAAUUUCUCCACUCUAAGAUUUCUUAUUAUUUCUCAAAAGAAGCAAUAGACCAUAAUUAUUGUAAAACUACAUAUUAUGAAUAUUAAUCCAUUGAAUUCACCAAUAAAAAUGGAUAUGAAUCGAUUCACUGUCUGUUCUAGAAAAUAACAUAGAAAACGCAAGUUGCUAAAAUUACGAGAGGAAUUUGUUAAUCAUAAUAAAUACACGAAUAAGUUAUUGCUGUCAAAUUA